ACAACACUACACUCCUUACAUUAACUACGACCAUGGCCGUACCCAGCUUUUUGAAGGUUGAUCCCGCAAUUGAAAGAUGGAAUCGUAUGCGUGAAGAUGCGUAUAAACAUUUCAGAUUCACCCCACGAACAACGUGGGUCACGAUGUGUGGGUUCGUACUCGUGCCCGGGGCGAUCUAUUACCUAGCAAGCCAAACACACUUGAAAUGGAGCUGGGCAGGAAAGCGAAAAGGGGAGGCAUUAGCACAGUCGUGAUUCUCGACCCUAUAUCGUAUUCUCUGCGCAGCGUGUACCGUGAACGUGGAGGUAUCCUAUUCACCAUAAAUCAUUUGA